AUGCGCUUCCUCAGCCGCGCAACGCAGAUUUUUUCCACCAGCCGCAAAUAUGCGGCUGAUGCUUCGAAGAGAAAGUACGUGUUCUUGGACGUCACAAUUGGAGAGAAGCCCGCCGGGAAGGUGAAGAUUGAGUUGUUCAACGACAUCGUGCCGAAGACUGCUGAAAAUUUCAGGGCGCUUUGCACUGGGGAAAAAGGAGUCGGAAAAAUGGGCCGACCGCUGCAUUUCAAGGGCUCAACAUUCCACCGGAUCAUCCCAGAGUUCAUGGUUCAAGGCGGCGACUUCACGAACGGAAAUGGUACCGGGGGCGAAUCGAUCUAUGGCCAGAAGUUCGGCGACGAAAACUUUGUGAUGGAGCACACCGGCCCGGGCGUGCUGUCGAUGGCCAACGCGGGACCCAACACGAACGGCUCUCAAUUCUUCAUCACAUGCGCCGAAACGGCAUGGCUAAAUGGUCGACACGUCGUCUUUGGGCAGGUCACCGAGGGCCUGGACGUCGUCAAGCAGAUCGAGGCUCAAGGGACAAGACAAGGGCACCCGAAGCAGCAGGUGACGAUCAGCGACUGCGGCGAGUGCAAGAAGCAA